AUGCCAAUAUUAUCAUAUCAUUGCUUACUUUCACUAUCCCGAACUAAGCUUAUACGAAUCUGGGAAGCAAUCAAGAUAAUUGAAACAGGUCAAGAAGACACUACUCACGCAACCAACCUAAAAGCAGUUCAUCAGUUUACCGAUAUUUGUGAAGGUUCUACUCACCAAACAGUUUGCAACGAACUGAUGAUGACUGCAGUACAAGUCCAGUCAAACUAA